CAGGACCUGGCGGACCUGGCGGACCUGGGCGACCUGGGGGACCUGGAGGACCCGGACGACCUGAGGGACCUGGAGGAAGAGUACCUGGAGGACCUGGACGGCCUGGAGGAACACCUGGAGCACGUGGAGGAGGAGCAACUGGAGAACCUGGAGGAGGGGCACCUGGAGGGCCAAGAAGAGCACCUGGAGUGCCUGGGGGAGCACCUGGAGCACCUAGAGGAAGAGGACCUGGAGGGUCUGGAGGAGCACCAUGGAGCGCACGCAGGAGGAACACCUGGAGGGCGUGGAGGAGCACCUGGAGCAUCUGGAGCACCUGGAGCACCUGGAGGAGGGGCACCUGGAGGACCAGGAAGAGCACCUGGAGUGCCGGGAGGAGCACCUGGAGCACCUGGAGGAGGGGCACCUGGAGGGCCAGGAAGAGCACCUGGAGUGCCUGGGGGAGCACCUGGAGCACCUGGAGGAGGGGCACCUGGAGGGCCAGGAAGAGCACCUGGAGGACCUGGAGGUCCUGGAGAAGGACGACCUGGACAGCAAGCAUAUGGAAAACCCGUAACUGUAGUAGGCUCUGGAGGACCUAGAGCACCUGGAGGGUCUGGUGGAGGAGCGCCUGGAGGAUCUUUAGCUGUAGCAGGACCCGGAGCACCUGGAGGACCUACUGGACCUGCUAGCGCAUCUGGAGGAGGAUCUGCUGUUGCCCCUAGAGGAGGACCUGCUGGUGCCUCUGGAGGGGGGCCUGCUGGUGCCACUGGAGGAGGGCCUGCCGGUGCCUCUGGAGGGCUUCCUGGUGCUCCUGGGGGACUUCCUAGGGCUCCUGGAGUACCUGUUGGUGGUCCUGGAGGACCCGGGUCCAUCAGCCCCGCAGGACAAAGUGGAGGCUCAGGUCAUCCAGUCGGCGGGCCUGGACGUGUAGGUCCAAGACCGGUGUUUGCGCCGGGAGGUGGCCCUGGAGGAAUAGGUGUAGUUGGUGCAGGUGGCCGUCCGAGUGGCAGCGCCAGUGCCCUAGGUCGACCCACCAGUGGAGCAGGUCGCCACUCUUAUCAGGGCGCUCCCCAUCCACAUCACCGUUCACACCAGCAUGGGGGCAUCGGCGAUGGUCGCGGCACUUGCGUGCCUUUGGUGUUGUGCCCUCCUCUGGUGGCGAAACCAGAGAUGCUAUACUACAACUGGUGUCGACUGCGGGACGGUUCCCCUGGCAUCAUGUGCUCGUUCAACAGCACACGUCUGCCGGGUGUCAUCAGCGGCCUGAGCCCGCGCUCUUCAGUCGGGACAGGCGCCGGCUCACCGCUGAGCACCAUGCGACCAAUGGACAACCGCCUCAUCGGCGCGCGGGACUUCCGCCGUGCAUCCGAGGACGCCAUGGCCGUCAUAGGCGAAGCGAUGCUCGCCGCCGAGAGAGUCCUUGACAUUCAGGGCAUCACCUCGGCUAAUCUGCUCUCGAUCAACCAGGUCCCCGACCCUAACAGCCCAACGGCGCUGUUCUUCCUGAACGCUCAGUCGAGCAUCGAGGCGCAGGACCUUGGACUGAUGGCACUGCUAGCACUGGCCACCACUCAGAGCCUGGAAAGUGUGGCCCCUGGCCAGGUGGAGGCUGUGCGAAGUCUCGGCAGGGACGGCCCGUCGGCAGCCGCAGAAGCCGCUGUCGCCGCCGUGGCAUCUGGUGCCGUGGUGCAGCCCACGCCCGAAGAGCUGCCGCUGGUUUCGCCCGAGUGUGAGCCCGAGCUGGAAGUGAUCUGUGAGGAAAGUAUCUACCGCACCAUCACCGGCGAGUGCAACAAUCUGCAGCGGCCGCGGCUCGGUCGAUCGCUGACUGGUUUCAAGCGACUUCUGCCCAACACGUACGACGACAACUUGUUCGCCAUCCGAACGAGAGCAGUCCGCGGCGGCACACUGCCCAGCGCGCGGCUGGUGAGCGAGCGCGUGCUGGAAACAAUGUCCAACGAGCUGCGAGAGUUCACGUUGUCGCUGAUGCAGUUUAGCCAGUUCGUCGACCACGACCUGACGCACGCGCUGGUGUUCCGCCUGAGCGAGACUGAAGGCAUCGAGUGUUGCCUGGGCGACGGUACGAUCUUCCCGGCGCCUCCCGUCCACCCUCAGUGCAUUCCGAUUCAGAUCCCACUUGAGGACCCGUUCUAUAGCCCGUUCGGCCAGCGCUGCAUGCCACUGGUUCGCUCUCUGCCGGCGCCGGACCCUGACUGCAUCGCCCGGCCGGCCAAUCCGCUCAACGAGCUCACCGCCUUUCUGGACGCGUCAAACGUGUACGGCAGCCAGCCGAAAGAGUUGGAGGAGCUGCGGGCGUAUCAGGAUGGUCUGAUGCUCACCAGCCCGGGCGACCUACUGCCGAUGACUGGCCCGCCCGGACCAGAGAUGCCCUGUCGUGCCGCAGUCUGCUUCCGUGCCGGCGAUACCAGAGUCAACGAGCAGAGCGGCCUGGCCGUCAUGCACACGGUGUUCGUGCGCGAGCACAACCGGAUCGCGGGGCACCUCAUCAAGCGGUAUCCGACCUGGGGCGACGAGGAGCUGUUCCAGGAGGCCAGACGUAUACUGACAGCCGAAUGGCAGCAUAUCAUCUACAACGAGUGGCUGCCUGCCGUCGUGGGCUUUGAUUAUGCCGACGAGCACGGUCUUCUGCCUCUGCAGUCCGGAUUCUCUAACUAUUAUGAUGCAGACAUAGACCCCAGCAUGUCCAACUCGUUUUCUACUGCCGCUUUCCGGUUUGGCCACACCUUGGUGCGGGACAUGUAUGACUUGCUAGACGCAAACGGGCAGGUGUUCCGCGUUGUCAAUGUCACGACGACCUUUUUUGAGCCGACUGUGGUGGCGGACAGCUUGGUAGGUCACGCUCGUACACUAGUCGCCCGUCGGUCCGAGACAUUCGACACCAAGGUGGCAGCAGCCGUACACGAACAGCUCUUCACUACCAACUUCUUGCACGGCCUGGACCUCCUUGCUUUGAACAUUCAGCGGGGUCGAGAUCAUGGGACUCCCACCUACGCGCAGGUAGUCGAGGCCUGUGGACUUGUGCAGGUGCACUACUGGGGCGACCUCCAUCGACUGAUGCAUUCAAGUGUGAUCGACAAGCUUCGCGCCGUCUAUGACCACCCCGGAGAUGUCGACCUCUUCAUCGGCGGAGUGGCUGAGCGGCGAGCCCCUGGUGCCCAAGUGGGCCCAACCUUCCAGUGCCUGAUUGCACAGCAGUUCUUCGACCUACGCUUUGGAGACCGCUUCUUCUAUGACAAUGGUGGUCUCCCCCACAGCUUCACGGCCCUCCAGCUGAAGGAGAUCCGGAAGAGCAACUGGGCCCGCCUUCUGUGUGACACGCUCGGUCCUGAGUUCGUAAAUGACUUCACCAAGGUUCAGCCGCUAGCUUUCCUGACCACCCUUGGUCGCAAUCAAGUGCUCAGCUGCAAUACGUUGGCGAUCCCACACGUAGAUUUGACGGCGUUCUGAUGUGCUGUUGAUAUUGUAGUCACGUACACUAAAUGUCACUGAAUAAUGUUAGGGUGUCGUUUUAAACCCGACUGUGUUGAAAACAACUAACGCCCCGUCCAUUCAUCUAUGAUUUAGUUGAGUCCUGUGGCCCAGAAGUCUUGCCUUGCUCUCAUGGUUCAGAAAGCGACACCAGGCAUAAGAAAGGCAUGAUGUUAGAGCUCUGGGCCUGUGUGAUUUAGGUGGCGAUACCCUGGCCUCAACUCGUGAAUGGCUGUGCUUCAGCAGGUUUGGAAGCGGAUUGUAUUGAAUUCGCCAACACAAGGCAGCAGUGAUGCUCAGUCCGACACGGUCUGCCAGGCCUGACAGAUCCCAGGAUGACGGAUUUAUAGCAUGAUAAAUGAUGAUGGGUUGAGUGAAAACGCGUAUGGUUUGUGCCAACUGAGCAGAACGUUAUCGAAAUAAACCUGUG